AUGGCUUGGGGAGGCGGAAACACAAAUAGCGUCGACGGAUGGUGCAAACGCCUCCGCUCAAACGAUACAACCUUCACAUCCCUCCACAUUCUCUCCUUCCGUCGCGUCACCACCGCAGAACUCGGACUCUUGUUCGACGCCAUCUCCGAAAACACCACCCUCAAGGAACUCUAUGCCUCUGGUCAUUCUCUUGACGCUGCUGCCGCCAAGAAACUCGCGACGGCGUUGGAAUUGAAUUCGACACUGGAGAGACUGAAUAUAGGAAACGAUCGGAUGGGUGGGAAUGAGGAGGUUGUGAAGGCCUUGGCGGAAGGUGUGGCAAAGAACAAGGGCUUGGUGAGGUUGGAUAUGGAGAAUAAGGGCCUGGGUGGCCAUGGUAGUGGGGAUGAUGGGGAGGGUAGUGUGAAGGCGUUGGCGGAGGCGUUGGAGAAGAAUACGGAUCUGCAGGAAUUGAAUCUGGCCAGGAACAAGUUGACGGAUCAGGAUAUUGAUGUGAUCUGUAAGGCUCUCGCCAACAACAAGGGUCUCAGAGUUUUGGAUUUGUCGCUCAACUCUUUUGGAGAACAUGGGACUCGUGCCAUUGCUACUCUCCUUGCUGGCGAUUCGACCUCUGAGGAUGGCGUUGGGUUGAGAGAGAUUGAUCUGUCGGAUAACGAGCUGACGGAGGAAGGAGGCAUGGCAAUUGGACAGGCCCUCAAGAGCAACAAGACCCUGCAACGACUCCGGAUGAGCUCCUCCAUGGACCCACCUCUGCCAGUCGAGGAAGGGGAUGACGACAAGCUGCUGUGGGACCACGACCUCGCAGCACUCAACAAGCCCCUGUCGCCUGAUCAGGAAGCAGAGAUCCGCUCGGAUGGAGAUGCUAUCCUCGAGACACUGUCAGAGUCGCUGAAGCACAACAACACCCUGCAGGAGAUCUGGAUGGAUUACUGCAACAUCUCAUCGGUCGGAGUCACCUUCUUGGCAGAGGCACUUCGUUCCAACCAGGGGCUGACCACUAUCCGGAUGAGAAACAACAGGAUCGGAAACCGUGGUGCUCGUGCCUUGGGCGCCGCUCUCACCCCAGCGUCUUCUAGCGAAUACAACACGACACUCAAGAACCUGGAGCUUGGAUCGAACAAGGUCGGCGUUCUUGGAUGGCACGGACUCGUCGGCGCCAGCUCGCUCGAGAGCUUGGGUCUCUACGAGAACGGAAUCAGUGUCCUGCACGAAGCUAUCGACAGUCACCUCCUCUCCUCCUCCUCCUCAUCGCCAACCUCGACAACGGCUCCAUCCCUCAGCUCAACAAUCCUCAACGGCGCGAGCACAGCAAACCAGGUCCUUGAGAAAUUGGCCCACCUGGACGUUGGCUGCAACGGUAUCUCUCGUGAGGACUUUACUCAAUUGGGUGUCAGCCUCAUCAAGGGCUCUCUCCCUUCCUUGAUCCGUCUCGAGAUUGCCGGCAACGGCGACCGGUCCCAGGCACCCCAAGACCCCGACCACGGUGGCGAUGAUGACGAUAACGAGGGCGGUGACGACUCGGAGCCUCGUCCGGACGACGAGCAGAAUGCCUGGGAACGAGUCGCAAAUCGGAUCGAGGAGGUUCGUCCUGGUCUUGUCAUUCAUUGGAAGGGCGCUGGAGCCAUGCAGCAGCAAUAA